CCCACCCCCAACCCCCCGCUAAUCCAACUUCAAAUCCGUCUUCUCGAAACAAAACGCUGGAAAUGCAUGCACGCAGAUUAGGGCGGGAGUGAGCAAAAUGGGGGAACCAAUGGAAAACAUUCCCUCUUCAGAAGAAACCCUCGAUCUCCUCACCAUCCGCAGUCGAAUAAGAGAGCUCGCAGACCUUCGCCUCAGUAGUGGCGGCGAAGAUACUACGGAACUAACCUCUUCAGAUUCAGAAGAAUUACUUAAAGAUUGUGCUCUCCAUCUCGAGAGCAGAGUGAAGCAAAUUGUGUCAGAGUGCUCAGCCGUUGGUCCCUUAGACGUUGCAGAUCUGGAUGCAUACUUGGAACAUCUAAAGGAGGAGCUUAACAUGGUGGAGGCCGAAAGUGCCAAAAUAUCCAAUGAGAUUGAUGGUCUUGCUAGAACCAAUUUGGAAGAUUCUAGCCAAUUGGAGACAGAUCUUGAAAGGUUGGAAUGCGCUUUAGAUUUUAUCACCUCACAGGGUCUGAAGAAUGCUAAAACAGGUGCACCUGUUUCUUGCUCUACAUGUGGAGAAGAUCGAUCAAGUUUGAUGAAUAAGCGUGUAGACAACAAGUUGGAGCUUUUGGAACUUGAAGAUCAGAUUGAGAGGAAGAAAGCAGAUUUGAAGUCUUUGCAGGAUCUUGAUCAUAUGUACAGAUGGUUUGAUGCCACAGAACAGAUUGAGGAUUUGAUGACAUGUCUAAAAGUCAUUGCAUUCACUGAAAACUGCAUUAGAAUUUCAUUGCGGACAUACAUCCCAAAAUUGGAAGGCUUGUACCAACAGAAGAUAGAAGACUGCAUUGAACCAUCUGAAGUGAAUCACGAGUUAUUAAUAGAGGUUAUGGAGGGGACUAUGGAGCUAAAGAGUGUUGAGAUAUUUCCAAACGAUGUAUAUAUAACUGACAUUCUUGAUGCCGCAAAGUGUCUCAGUAAGUCUUCAUUGCAGUGGUUUAUAACAAAAAUACACGAUAGAAUCGUCCUCUGCAAUCUGAGGCGACUUGUGGUAGAGACUGCAAACAAAUCAAGACACUCGUUUGAUUACUUGGAUAGAGAUGAGAUAAUAGUAGCUCAUAUGAUUGGGGGAGUUGAUGCGUUGAUAAAGAUUGCUCAAGGCUGGCCAGCAUUGAGUUCUCCAUUGAAGCUGAUAUCUCUCAAGGGCUCAGAAAAUUCGAAGGACAUUUCUUUAACUUUUCUUUGCAAAGUUGAGGAAGUGGUGAACUCCUUGGAUAUACACAUACGGCAGAAUUUAUUGAGCUUUUACGAUGCUGUUGAAAAAGUGCUGGUGGAACAAAUGAGAUUAGCACUCCAUUCCGAUGAUGCUUCCAAGAAAUGACUGGCUAUGACUCCUGAAUAAUAUCAAUUGCUAUUUGCUAAUGUUCAAUACCCAGCUCAAGUUUUAUGAUGUGCACAUCACUAUUAUUUCUCUAUUUCUGUUAUUUGCCUAAAACGUAUCAUUAUGAAGGUUAGACAAGAAUAUUUUUAACGAAUUGUACGAGCUUCGCAA